GCUAGUAUGAUUUGUCCCCACAACCCCACAUGACUCUGUUUCUGAAUCUACCACUUACUAUUCUGCCUAAGCCUAUCAAUGAUAAAUAGCCACCCCGUUCCCUUUUCCCUUUCACACCAACCUAUAGCUCCUUCAAAUUUUCUAUUCUCUUCUCCUUCCUCACUUAUCCAAACCCACAAUGGCCUUGAGAAAAUCAACUAAACUUCCUCAAACAGCACUCAUUAAGCAAAUCCUCAAGAGGUGCUCGAGUCUAGGGAGAAAAGAUGAGCAAGCCUUGCGUUUGGACGUGCCUAAGGGUCACUUUGUUGUGUAUGUUGGAGAAAACAGAAGCAGAUACAUUGUUCCAAUUUCAUUCCUAAGUCGCCCUGAGUUCCAAACACUUCUCCAUCAGGCAGAGGAAGAGUUCGGCUUUGAUCAUGAAAAGGGCCUAACAAUUCCCUGUGAAGAGGACGUUUUUGAGUCUCUCACUUCCAUGCUCAGAUGAGAAGAUUACUCAGUUACCAGUUUUCCUUGUCUUUGUUUUUUCGUCUUUUUUUUUAAGAAUGAGAAAACAGCUACAGAUGAAGCUGCUUCACUGCUUCUCUGACUUGCUUUUCUCCAUUUCUUUAUGUCACAUAUGAGGUUCCCUAUUUUAGAGAGACUCUAACCUCAGCCAUGAAAGAAUGUUAUUUAGAUUGUAAAUGUACUAGAAUCGAGAGCAUCAUUUUUCCAACAGAGGUGUAUAUGUACCCUGUUGGAGAACUAAUUACAAGGAUAUAUGUUCAUCAUUUUCCAUUCCUCU